UGUCGUUGCCGGCUCAGUAUCUCGCGUGAUUAGAGAGCAAACAGCUAAAUACAAGAAGAAGCAAAUGACUGCCCGGUUCCGCUGGCGCUAGCUGCGCGGCGACGGAGAGGCAGACAGCUGCGGCUGCUUGAAAAAACAGAACCGGUUUUCAGUCGGCAGAAGCGCUUUCCACGUGCGCCUGUACAAACCGCAGGGUUUUUCUCGGGAACGGUUGAAGUUACCCGAGCCAAGUUAUGUCAGCUACGGACUUUCAAGAUGCGGUAUAUGGCACCGUCGACGAGAACGCCACCGAUCUGCACAGCGUCAGUAGGUUUUUGUGGGACAACCCCGAGCUGGCGCUCCAAGAAGUGAAGUGUCACCAGUGGUUAACGGACUUCCUCGAAGCUCGAAACUUCGAUGUAACGCGACACUUCCUGUUGGACACUGCGUUCAAGGCUGAAUUCAUCGCCCCUGGGGGAUCCGAUGGUCCUACGGUCGCCUUCCUCGCAGAGUACGACGCCCUUCCGGACAUCGGACACGCAUGCGGGCACAAUCUUAUCGCCGAGAAUGCCAUCGGUGCGGCCAUUGCCGUCCAAGAAGCCAUGAAGACGUUUAAGAGCAUACGCGGCAAGGUUGUUGUCCUCGGUACGCCUGCCGAAGAAAGUUGCGGUGGUAAGGAACUUCUGGUCGAAAAGGGGGCUCUGAAGGGCAUCGACGCAGCAAUCAUGUGUCACCCUGGACGGAGAGACGUGUUGAGGUUGGCAUUCACCGCGACACAACAGAUGGUGAUCCGUUUCAAGGGCAAAGCGGCUCACGCGGCCGCAUCUCCGUGGGAAGGUCUGAAUGCCCUGGAUGCUGCCGUUUCCUCGUACCUCAACAUCGGCCUUCUUCGGCAACAGAUCAAGCCCACGUCUAAAAUUCAAGGCAUCAUCGUGCACGGUGGGACGUACCCCAACAUCAUUCCCGAGGAGAGCGAGCUCAAGUACCACGUGCGGGCGCCCACCACAGACGAGCUGGUCGAUCUGGUGCGCAGAGUGGAGAACUGCUUCCACGGCGCCGCCCAGGCCACCGGAUGCUCGGUCGAGAUUGAGAGGGGCACCCUCUACAAGCACGUCAUACAGAACGCCGCCAUUGCGAGAGCGUACAGGAAGCACGCACAAGCACUGGGCUUCGAGUUCCAGGACGCUGACUUGAGCGAGCAGCCGCCCACCGGUGCGUCGACGGACUGCGGCAACGUGUCGCACCGCAUCCCCACCGCGCACCCGGUCUACUCGCUGGGCAGCGGCGCCCGGAACCACACGCGAGAGUUCGCCGAGGACGCCAACUCCGAGGAGGCACAGGCGCCGACGCUGAGUGUUUCCAAGGCCCUGGCCCUCACCGCGCUCGACCUGCUCACCGACCCGCAACUGCUGGAGGAGGUGCGCAAGGAGUUUGCAGCACACGGACUAACCCCUUAACUACCAUGCCAAACCGCGCGUAACACGGUGGAUUCCUGUUCUCUCCAACUGGGCUAACCUUCGCCAUUAUCUCCGGCACUCUGUCUAAUCUGUUCGUUCCGCUGUUGUAUCGUUACGUUGAUUUUUAUGACACGACCAUUUCGCACAAAGGUCAGAAUGAAUGACUGAAUAAACAUGUUUACUCGUAAA